GACAACGAGGACCCUCAUUGAUGAGUUCAACAGUUCCGGUGAAUCAGCGAACUUAAAGCUCUAACAUUCUCCGACUUGGACUGGAGUCACAGGAUCCGCCUUGCUUUGUCUGCGCUAAGCUCUCUUGAGCUUUGACAUUCUAUAUAAGCGAGCGAAUUCCCACUCUUUCUACCCGUCGUUCUGUAGAUUGAAAUUGGAGGGCUGGAAAUGGCGGAGAACUGGGUGUUGACGGCGACGGCACAGACGCCUACCAACAUAGCGGUGAUUAAGUAUUGGGGAAAGAGGGACGAGACCUUGAUCUUGCCGGUUAAUGACAGCAUCAGCGUCACGCUGGAUCCCAGCCACCUUUGCACCACCACUACGGUUGCCGUCAGCCCCACUUUCCAGCAAGAUCGUAUGUGGCUCAAUGGGAAGGAAGUUUCGCUUUCUGGAGUCAGGUACCAAAAUUGUUUAAGGGAGAUUCGUGGUCGUGCUGGAGAUUUGGAGGAUAAAGAGAAAGGUAUCAAGAUAGAAAAGAAGGAUUGGGAGAAAUUGCAUGUGCAUGUCUCCUCAUAUAACAAUUUCCCUACUGCUGCUGGAUUGGCUUCUUCUGCUGCUGGUUUUGCUUGUCUUGUUUUUGCCCUAGCAAAGCUGAUGAAUGUGAAAGAAGAUCACAGUAAGCUUUCAGCUAUAGCCAGACAAGGUUCAGGCAGUGCUUGUCGUAGUCUAUUUGGUGGAUUUGUCAAGUGGGUCAUGGGAAAAGAGGAGGAUGGAAACGACAGUCUUGCAGUUCAACUAGUAGAUGAGAAGCAUUGGGAUGAUCUUGUUAUUAUUAUUGCUGUGGUAAGUUCAAGGCAGAAGGAGACAAGUAGCACUACAGGAAUGCGUGAGAGUGUUGAGACAAGUUUGCUUUUAAAACAUAGGGCAGAGGAAAUUGUGCCAAAACGCAUACUGCAAAUGGAAGAAGCCAUCAAAAAUCGUGAUUUUGCAUCUUUUGCACAGUUGACCUGUGCCGAUAGUAAUCAAUUUCAUGCAGUCUGCUUGGAUACAUCUCCUCCCAUAUUCUAUAUGAAUGAUACGUCCCACAGGAUAAUCAGCUGUGUUGAGAAGUGGAACCGUACUGAAGGAUCUCCACAGGUGGCAUAUACAUUUGAUGCUGGGCCAAAUGCAGUCCUAAUUGCACGAGACAGAAAGACUGCUACCCAGCUGCUUCAAAGACUACUUUUCCACUUCCCUCCAAAACCUGAUACUGAUCUUAACAGCUAUGUUAUUGGUGAUAAGUCAAUAUUAAAAGACGCUGGGCUUGAGGGAACAAAGGAUGUGGAGGCUCUCUUACCACCUCCUGAAGUGGUGAACGCUCCAGCUCAGAAGUAUCCUGGGGAUGUUAGUUAUUUCAUCUGUACAAGACCUGGAGAAGGCCCUGUUCUGCUCUCCGAUGAAAGCUUAUCUCUUCUUGACCCUAAAACUGGACUUCCUAAGUAGCUUACAGGGCCUAACUUCUGUCCAAAGCAGUUAUCUAUCUUCCCUUGCAAGGACUCCAGGAUAUCUCCAAGAGCCUGAAGCAAUCCAUUUAAAUGAUACUUUCGAAUAGUUGCAGAUUUGCAAUUUGGCUUCCGUCCUCUUUUUUUUUUUUUUUCAAUGGGAUUCUGUCCCGUGAAGAAAUUAAGAAUAAUAAUAUUUUCUCUGUAAUUUUCAGUUGUAAACCUUAAAAUCUAGUAUUUCCUUAUUGGGGUCUUUGUUCUUCUUGAAUUAGAAAAAAGAAUGGACAACUCU